UCUCUCGCUCACCUGAUAUCACUUCUUCUCAGGAUUCUACCUGUAUGACAAAUAGACCAGACACUUCUCCAAUAUUUGGAUAACACCGACUUUCCUGGAUUACAUUCGGUGUCACAAUGUUUUUCUCUAGACUUUUCAUCCUGGUUGUCUCUCUAACGAGAACCGUUUCAGCACAGCUACAGGAUAGUUAUGGAUUAUCUUAUGCGCUGAGGCCAGAACUAUUGGAAGACGAAAUAUUGGUGGCUAACAACGGAAUACGAGUGCCUAUAGGAAGGUCUGUUUUCAUCGAUCCUAUCAAUGAUCUGGUUAUUCAACAGCAGCCCGGCGACCGAUGCAGCGUCACCGUUCUGGAUAAUGAUCCUUUAUCGCAGAGACCGGGACAUCUCUCUCCCAAAAAGUUUCCCUGCGAUUUCGGACCCAACGAUGUGACAUACACACACUUCGGCUCAAGGAGCCCUGCCAAGGACAGAGUGAGACUACAGCUCAGGUAUGACACCCAGGCUGAUACCGUUAUCAUCCCUUUCAUGAUGGAGGUAGAGGUCGUCUUUACGCAACUUGAAUUGUUAACAAAAAACAUGCCUCUCCAAGUUGAUAAACUCAAUGGAGUUAGUAACCCAAUAGAUAAAAAGACAUUGGAAUUUACUUAUGACAGAGACUCGCACAAAUGCCAGGUGACAUCGCUGGCUAGCGGCAGCGCGCUCCCUAGAUACGGAAGACUUAUUGACGAAAGCAAACUUGCCAAUAUGAUGGACUGUGAUGAAUUCACUGAAGCGAACAUCCGCUAUGAGCACACGUUUAAACACAAGUCUCCAAACAGGGACCAUGUUCCCAUGAUUGUCGAAUUACGUGACAAAGAAGGCAAUUUGCUCAAACAGGAAUAUUUCAAUCUGAUGGUGCGCAUUAAAGAGGGACAGGAAAACACGGCACCCAAGCCAAGCUUUGUGGCUAUGAUGAUGAUGGAGGUCAGUCAGUUUGUCAUGACAGCUCUCACCCCGGAUAUGCUAGCUGCAGAGGACACAGAGUCAGACCCAAAUGAUCUCAUAUUCAACAUCACCUCUCCUUUGUCCUACGAAGAGGGCUACAUAGUCAGCACAGAUGACAGAAACCUCCCCAUCACGUCAUUCUAUCAAAGAGACCUACGGGACCUGAAGAUAGCCUACAAGCCCCCUUCUCUUGACUCGGACACAGAGAGGAUUUUCCAGAUAGAGUUUGUGGUGGUGGACACAGAGGAUGCAGUCUCGGAUCCCUUUGCGUUCAUGAUCGUGGUGAAGCCAAUGAACACCUUGGCCCCCGUGGUCACGCGCAACACCGGCCAACUCCUCUACGAAGGCCAGUACCGCCCGCUCUUCAGCGCCCACAACCUCGAGAUUAGCGACGAGGACAACCUCGAGAGCGUCACGGUAACGGUGGUCGACGGGCUCCGCCACGGCCACCUCACCAUCCUGGGCUCCCACAGGAAGUUCUUCACGUCGGCCGACCUGGCGUCCGGGGUCGUCGUGUACCAGCACGACGGGAGCGACACCUACAGCGACAACAUCAUCUUCAGGAUGACGGACGGGAAGCAUGACGUAGAGUUCCUGUUCCCCAUCACGGUCGUUCCGACGGACGACGAACCGCCGAUCGUCAACGCCAACACCGGGCUGGUGCUGUUCAAGAACCAGAUGAUGCCCAUCUCCCCUCUCACGCUCAGCGCGGCUGACAUCGACUCUGAGGACUCGACCAUCAAGUUCACAAUCGUCCCUCCUCUGUCCACCAUUGGGGUCUUGCUACUACGACAGUCCGAUGCCCCUGAAGACCCCUCCUCGUGGAAGUUCAACGCUGUGCACGAGGUGUACGAGAAGGAGGUGACAGAGUGGCUUCAGAAAGACAUCACCGACGGCAACCUGUUUUACAGACACACAGGCCCCCAUAACACCGACACGGUGAUGGACCAGUUUGUCUUCACGGUUCAGGACGACAAUGACCCUCCUAACGUGUCGGAGAAGAGCACCUUCGUCGCCCGGAUCCUACCCAUCGACGACGUUCCACCGGUGCUGUUCCCCGGCACCACCCUGCAGAUGACGGUUCACGAGUACCAGCUCACUCAUUUUAGCAAGGACGUCCUCCGCUACACUGACCUGGACUCGGAAGACCGCGAUCUGAAGUACACCGUCGUCCUGCCUCCCACCGACACGGACGAAAACAGCCCGGUUGUGUUCGGGUCGCUGGUUCUGACGGAGAGGCCCGACACAGAGGUCACCGAGUUCACCCAGGCUCAGGUCAACCAUCACAAGAUCUCCUACAGCCCUCCCGACCUGGAGUUGGGCAUCACGGCCCACGUGGUGCAGUUCCGCUACUCCGUCGAAGACACGUCCGGGAACAGCGUGGAAGGGGCGUUCGUCGUCUUCCUGCAGCCGGUUAACAACAAGCCGCCACAGAUCACCAACACCGGCUUCACCGUGUUUGAGCGUGGCAUGCACGUGAUCUCUCGUGCAGAGAUGGACACCACUGAUCCAGACACAGACAAUAAGCAGAUAUCUUUCACUCUCAGCCAGACCCCUCUCCACGGGCACGUCCAGGUGGCCUUCGCCAACCUGCCCAAAAGAGGCGUCUUCACGUUAGAGGACAUCUCGGACGGCAACGUCGUCUACGUCCACAACGGGGACGAGGCGGCCAACGACGCGUUCCAGUUGGACAUCAGCGACGGCAUCCACGUCGUCACGGUUACCGUCAAGGUCACGGUGAAGCCGGUGGACGACGAGACGCCCACGGUCAGCUUGCCGCCCGGCACCGUGGGCUCCCACGUGGACGUCCUGGAGAACGGAGCCACGGAGAUCACGACCAGCGUCAUUCAGGGGCGCGACGAGGACACCGACGACCUGCAACUGACCUUCAUCGUGGAGGACGCGCCUUCGUCGGGGGAGAUCCUGGUCAAAGGGGUACCCGCCGGUAGGUUCACUCAGGCUGACAUCAUCAACGGAGUGGUGGUGUACGCGCACACCGGCGGAGAGAUAGGCCAGGCUUCCAAGGAGGACGGCUUCAACCUGACCCUGACAGACAUGUCUGAUGAGUGGACCGUAGGCGGGAACAAGGUCAACGGCGUCCGUGUCCAUGUCACCAUCCUCCCCGUUGACAGUCAAGCCCCUGAGGUGAUCCUUGGGAAUCAGUUCAGCGUGCUAGAGGGCGACAAAUACCCCGUAGGCCUCCAUCACUUGGAUGCUGAAGACAAGGACACGCCCAGUGAAGAUAUACUCUGCACCAUCAUCGUUCAGCCCACGUCUGGCUACUUGGAGAACAUCUCUCCAGCUCCAGGUUCAGAGAAGUCCAGGUCCGGCACAGCGAUCAGUGCCUUCACCAUCAGGGACGUCGGGGAAAGCAACAUUUAUUACGUUCAGAGUAUCCACAAAGGCGUGGAGCCACUGGAGGACAGAUUCACGUUCAGGUGUUCUGAUGGAACCAACUUCUCCGAGAAGCACUUCUUCCCAAUCGUUAUCAUUCCCACCAAUGAUGAGAAACCGGAGAUUUACAUGAGGGAGAUCGUUGUGAUGGAAGGGAUGAACAUAGUCAUCGACACUCCGAUCCUGAACGGGGGCGAUGCGGACAUCCCGUCAGAGGAGCUGACCUUCAUCAUCUCCAAACAGCCCAAACAUGGCGCCGUUCUCAACCAGCUAGCCACGGGUUCAGUCUUAGUCACCAACUUCACUUUAGAGCAGAUAAGAGAAUCCUCCAGUAUCAUCUAUGAGCACGACGACUCAGAGACCACGGAGGACAGCUUCAACGUCAUCCUCACCGAUGGGAAAUACUACGUCGAGAAAACGGCAGUUGUCAUGAUCAUCCCUGUGGAUGACGAGACCCCGAGAAUGCAGAUCAACGACGGUCUAGAGAUCGAGGUAGGGGAGACCAAGGCCAUCACCAACGACAUCUUGAAAGCCACCGAUUUAGAUUCCGAGGAUAGCACACUCGCAUACGUCAUUAGCUUUGGACCUGGUCAGGGCGUUCUGCAGAGGCAAGUAAGAGGUGAUGGUAGAACAUCACAUUCCUCGGGCCUUGGUGGAACAUCUGCACGGAACAUCACAGUGGGCAUGAACUUCACACAAGCCGAAGUGGACCAAGGUUUGAUCUUUUACAUCCACAACGGUCAGGAGGGCAUUCGUGACCUCGUCAAGUUCGACGUCACAGACGGUUUGAACCCGUUGAUCGACCGCUACUUCUACAUCACGGUGGGCAGCAUCGACAUGGUGUUCCCGGACGUAGUCAGCAAAGGCGUGUCGCUGAAAGAGGGUGGUAGAGUGACCUUGACCACUGACCUGCUCAGCACAACCGACCUCAACAGUCCAGACGAGCACCUGAUCUUCACGAUAACCAGGGCCCCCGUCAGGGGACACUUGGAGUGCACGGACACCCCAGGGAUGCCCAUCGCUUCCUUCACCCAGCUGCAGCUAGCAGGAAGCAAGGUCUACUACAUCCACACCUCGGACGAUGAGGUCAAGAUGGACAGCUUUGAGUUUGAAGUGACCGACGGCUACAACCCGGUGUUCCGCACCUUCAGGGUCUCCAUCGUGGACGUAGACAACAAGAAGCCGGUCUUGACCAUCCACCAACUGCUCGUCACUGAGGGUCAGAGUAAGCUUAUCACGCCGUUUGAGCUCACGGCUGAAGACCAGGACACGGCGGAACGGCUGCUCAAGUUCACGGUCACCCAGCUGCCGGUGCACGGGAAACUGCUCUACAACCAGUCCACGCCGGUGACCACCUUCACCAAACAGGACCUGAACGAAAACCUCAUCAGCUACAAACACGACGGCACCGAGUCUUCCGAGGACUCCUUCUCCUUCACCAUCACCGACGGCACGCACACCGACUUCUACGUGUUUCCCGACACGGUGUUCGAGACCCACCGUCCUCAAACCAUGAGGAUCACCGUGGUGGCCAUCGAUAACGGUGUCCCGCAGAUUGUGGUGAACAAGGGGGCCCCCACGUUGAAGAUCCUGUCCACUGGUCACCUCGGCUUCCCCAUCAGCUCCAAGGUGCUGAGGGCAGAGGACAGAGACAGCCGACCCAUCUCCCUGGUGUUCCACAUCACAACCGUGCCUAAGCAUGGCUACAUCGUUGACCUGGGAAGAGGGAACGACUCUGUCGACACAUUCACUCAAGCUGACGUAGACGACUUGAAGAUCUGCUACGUGCUGAGGAGCGACGAGAACGCCACGACGGACCUCUUCCACUUCUCCGUGGAAGACAGCGGGGGAAACAAGCUGAAGGAGCAGACGUUCCGCCUGGACUGGGCCUGGAUCUCCCUGGAGAAGGAGUACCUGGUGGUGGAUGAGCAGGACAAGGUCCUGGAGGUGGUACUCAGACGCAGGGGCUACCUGGGAGAGACCUCCUUCGUGGCUCCGGUCUUCUACUUCGGCGAGGCGGAGUACCGCGUGGACGAGAGUGACGGCCAGGUGGAGGUGAGGGUGUGGAGGACGGGGACCGACCUCUCCAAGCCCGCCUCCGUCACCGUGCGCUCCCGCAAGACGGAGCCCGUCUCCGCAGAGGCUGGUCUUGACUACGUGGGGAUCAGCAGUAACCUGGACUUCGCCCCGGGGGUCAGCAUGCAGACCUUCAAGGUCACCAUCUUGGACGACCUGGGCGAGCCACAGCUGGAGGGCAGCGAGGCGUUCGAGCUGGUCCUCCGCAUGCCCAUGAACGGCAUCCUGGGAGAGCCCGGGAAGGCCACGGUCUUCAUCAACGACUCCGUGUCCGACUUGCCCAAGGUGCAGUUCGGCGAGGCGCUCUACACGGGCGAGGAGAGCGACGGGCGCAUCGUAGCGACCGUCCGCCGUAGCGGCGACGUGGCCCACCAGUCGACCGUGCGCUGCUACACCCGCCAGGGCUCCGCCGAGGUCGCCCGCGACUUCAUCGAACGCCCCAACACCGACGCCUCGCUCAUCACCUUCCUACCCGGGGAGGCGGAGCAGCGGUGCGUGGUGUCGCUGGUGGACGACUCCCUCUACGAGGAGGAGGAGGAGCUGAGGCUGGUGCUGGGGGCCCCCCGGGGCCCGACACCGUACGGGGCGUCCGUCGGGGGCCUGAACGAGACCCUCGUCAAGAUCAAGGACACGGCGGACAAGUCCGUCAUCCGCUUCGCCGAGGUCAAGUUCAGCGUGAGCGAGCCCGCGCAGGCGGGCGGCGUGUCGGUGGUCCGCAUCCCCGUGCUGCGCCUGGGGGACACGUCCAAGGUGUCGCUGGUCCGGGUCCACACCAAGGACGGCUCGGCCACCUCGGGGGAAGACUACCACCCCAUAUCCCAGGAUGUGGAGUUCAAGCAGGGGGACCAGGAGCACGUGGUGGAGGUGGAGGUGCUCUUCGACGGCGUCCGGGAGAUGAGGGAGGCCUUCACCGUCCACCUGAAGCCGGACGAGCACAUGGUGGCCGAGACGCAGGCGGCCAAGGCCAUCGUGUACAUCGAGGAGGCCGACAGCGUGGCCGACGUCACCUUCCCCUCCCCGCCUCGCGUGGCGUCGCUGCUGCGCUACGACGACGCGGGGCGCUCCGCCGACGGCCUCCACCCCCCCGCCGGGUACCCCGUCAUCUGUGUCACUGCCUGUAACUCCAAGUAUCCUGACUACUCCAAGACGGGCUCCAUCUGCGCGAGCGAGCACAUCAACGACACGCUGACGCGCUACCGCUGGCUCGUCAGCGCCCCCGCCGGCCCCGACGGCGUCACCAGCCCCAUGAGAGAGGUGGACUUCGACACCUUCUUCUCCUCCUCCAAGAUGAUCACCCUGGACUCGGUGUACUUCCAGGCGGGCUCCCGGGUCCAGUGCGCCGCCCGGGCCGUCAACGCCGACGGGAACGAGGGCCUGGAGCUCAGCAGCCCCAUAGCCACCGUUAGCCUGGAGGAAGGGAUGUGCCAACCUCGGAAGGCGGGCACGGUCGGAGCCGAGCCCUUCUCUGCCAAGCUGCGCUACACAGGCGCUGACGACUCCCCGCACUCCAACCUCAUCAAGCUCACCGUCACCAUGCCACACAUUGACGGCAUGCUGCCCGUCAUCUCCACCCGUCCACUCUCCAACUUCGACCUGACCCUCAGCCCGGACGGCACGCGCGUGGGCAACCACCGCUGCUCCAACCUCCUGGACUACAACGAGGUCACCACAGGCCACGGCUUCAUCACGGCAGCCACACGCAACCCCGACAGCGUGGGCGACGCCUCGCCCUACCAGCACAGCGCCCCCUUGAGGGGCAACAGCACGCUGCGCUUCUACAGGAACCUGAACCUGGAGGCCUGCCUGUGGGAGUUCACCAGCUACUACGACAUGUCCGAGCUGCUCACGGACUGUGGAGGCACCAUCGGCACGGACGGACAGGUGCUGAACCUGGUCCAGUCGUACGUGACGCUGCGCGUGCCGCUACACGUGUCGUACGUGUUCCACUCCCCAGUGGGCGCCGGGGGCUGGCAGCACUUCGACCUGCAGUCGGAGCUCCGCCUCACGUUCGUCUACGACACGGCCAUCCUCUGGAGGGACGGCAUCGGUAGCCCGCCUCAAGCUGAGCUGCAGGGUGCCCUGUACCCGACCAGCAUGCGGAUUAACGAGCAAGGCCGCCUGGUGGUCAACUUCCGUACCAAGGCUCGCUUCAGGGGCAUGUUCGUGGAGGCCCACUCUGGAGGCAGGGUCAAGAAGACUGCGUCCUCGAUGGCGUCCAUGGUGAUGUGCGCCGAACACCCGGGGUUGACCUUCAACCUGAGCCUGGUGAGGAGCGAGCCGACCUACAACCAGCCGGUCCAGCAGUGGACCUUCACCUCGGACUUUGCCGUGAGGGACUACUCAGGGACGUACACGGUGAAGCUGAUCCCCUGCACCACGGCCCAGAGCGUGGAGUACGCCCUGCCCCCUGUCUGCAGCCCCAGGGAGCCUGUGACCUUUGACCUGGACAUACGCUUCCAGCAGGUGAGUGACCCCGUAGCGGUGGAGUUCAGUCUGAACACACAGAUGCUCCUGCUCUCUAAGAAGAGCCUGUGGCUGUCGGACGGCUCUAUGGGCUUCGGUCAGGAGAGCGACGUGGCCUUCUCAGAAGGGGAUACCAUCUAUGGCCGUGUGCUUGUCGACCCCGUGCAAAACCUGGGAGACUCGUUCUUCUGCAACAUCGAGAAGGUGUACCUCUGCACCGGCGCGGAUGGAUACGUGCCAAAGUACAACCCGACCAAGUUUGAGUUUGGCUGCCUGGCAGAUUCGCCCUCUCUUCUCUACCGGUUUAAGAUUAUCGACAAGUCCCAGCCGGAGACCCAGGCGCAGGUGUUUGGGGACGUUGGAUUUAACGCUCGGCUGGCGGUGGACGACCCCUCCGCCCUCUCCCUGGCCAGGCAGCCGGGGUCGGACGGAUUCAGACUGGACUCCACCCCCAUGUUCCAGGUUGCCGCGGGGCGAGAGUGGUACAUCCACACCAUCUACACGGUGCGCUCCAAGGACAACGCCAACCGCGGCAUCGGCAAGAGGAGCCUGGAGUACCACUCCAUGGUUUCCGCCGGCAACCACCUCGCCGAGGCCAAAGGUCACAGGCGCCCGAGGUCGGCCGGCGAGGACACCCCCGAAGCGGCGGAGGACAUCGGGGCGGACAACAACCGCGGCACCAACAUCAUGCACAUCGCCCUGGACCGUACCAAGAGGCGGGCGGGGGGGGAGGGCGAGCUGUUCGCCGACGGGCUGGAACCACGCGAGCUGAACGCGGGGGCGGCCGGGGAGGGGAUGGUGACGGUGGUGGGGGCGCUGGUGGGCAUGCUGCUCACCUUCCUCCUCGUCCUCAUCCUCGGGCUGGUGCUGAGGUCCAGACAGAAGGGCGGAGGGAAAGAGGGGCGGAGGGAGGAGAGGAAGGGGGCGGUGAGGGGGUCGACCAGCACCGAGCCCAUGCUGGUGGCCCGGAUGGCGGACUGCAGCGACAGCUCCGAAGUCUGAACGCCGGACGGGGACGAGCGACGAUGAUGGAUAGAUGGACUAAUGAAAACAAAAAAGAAAUAAACAUAGUCAGAGGGGUAUGAUAGGACUUAGGAUUUUGUAACGUUUUUUGCAUUAUGUUUUUCUACACUGGUAUUAGACUACCUUUCAACACCAAAACCUUCGACCGCAACAUUUCUAGUGAGAGGAUCUAGGUGUGUUGUGUGUAAUAAGUGUGUUUUGGGUGGGGGGAUUGUCCUGGUCCAUGUAACUGAAAACACAUACAUUUACACCUUCUCCGGCCGUCACCAACAUACUGUAGUCCAGAUGGGCUGCCAUCAGUGUUGUCCGUAUGAUUUUGUACCCUUUUCUUUGAUUUCAUAAGUGCCUGAAGCUAUUCCACAUAGAUUGGCCUCAAACAAUCAUCAAAUCAUAGUGUCAAAUUAUACAGACCACAACAAAGUAUGAAUAGUACAUAUGGGCAGUUUAUUAAAGUGGAGGGAAAGAGAAAGAUUUACAGAAGGAAGGAAGUCGGAGGGAAUGAAAGUGAGGGGAAAAGUGGAUGUGAGGAGGUGUAGAAGAGAGAGUCACUGAGCAGAAGGGGACAUUUCAAUGCAACAUCAGGUCGUCACUAAGGAUACGCCUACUAGAGAUGGGUACGGCACAGGGGUAGAGCAUUGGACCUGCAGAUCAAGAGGUGCAAACCACCCUGCAACGACCCCUGCUGAAUUGAAACAUGAUUAUAGAUAUCCCUUUUUCUCAGUUGCUGUUGCAGCCGGUCAUUUAGAUGGUUUUGUAUUUGUGAACGACUACUGUUUUGGUGUUUACAGCACUGUGUGAACAACUGUCUGCCGAGUUCUGUGCCAUUGUAGCCGUGUUAUGUCCACUGCCUGUCUCUGUUGGUUGUCAUAGUAAUUAUACACUGGAUAUUUGAACACUGGAGAUGAUGUAGACCAACUACCAUGGAGCCCGUUGGAGAGACGAUGUGGAGAAAGACCUUCGCCUCAGGAGUCCGACGACACCUACAGGCUCAUGGACUCGUUCUGUAACUCACACACUAUUUCUUGUUUUUUAGAUUCACCAAUUUUUGUUAUUCUUUUUUUUAUUUCGAGAACAUAAGACGUAGAGAAUUAACUCUGAACUGUAUGUGUAGCGCCACCUGUUGAUGUACGCUAUGGAGCCUGUUGGAUGUUCACUCGUACUACUGUGAACAUUUACGUAUAUUGCAAUUAAUCCAAAUGUAACUAUUUUGUCACUGUUCUACUGCAUAUGUUGAUUGUUACAUGGUAUUUAUCAAUUUUUAUAUAUUCGUAUUGGUAUGAUUGGUGUGAUUGUUAGAGGGCAUCUACAACUGAGUGGGAAACGUGCAACCAAUGAUGUCAGAAAACCAAACUUAUUAUUACAGAUCCACUCUUGAAAUAUGAUAAUAUUAUGCUGUUGACAUAAAAAUGAUGUUUAAUUUGAUUGGUUGCCAAAACCAAAGCCAUUAGAAGUGGCUAAUAACAAUCAGUAAAAUAGAUUUCUCAGUAUUCUACUACGGAUCCUCUCAAGAAUGGUUCAUUGUGAUUCUGAAUUGUAAAACUGUCCUGGCAAAUCACUUUUCAUGGCUUAAUGACCACUGGAUUUAUGAUUAGAUUACUUUUGAAUGACCUACAGUCUAUUCUUAUGACUAGUCUGUUUCUCUGACACACAACUGAACCAAAUGCACUUUUUGAUAAGAGACCAGUAUCCUUCACAUGUCCAAAGCUAUGCAAUGUAGCCUGAUCUAUAAUUGUAGGCCUGCAAGGAAUGAUUAUCCAAGGCAGUGAAUAUUCCUGGUUAUUUCUAGUGCUUAUGACAGUUUCAGCACCCCACAAUGUAAACUUUUUAUGAAUGGGUUUGUAUAUGUAUUUAUGAAUAAAUAUGUG